GAUGCGUGGGGGGACGCAGCCCCUCCCGCUGGGGGAUGCUGUGCGAUUCCUGGCGCCGGGCAUCCGGGCCGCCAGCUAAGCCCCUGUGCCUCCCCUGUCCCCCUGGGGAUCCAGAGUCCGGCUGCACGGAAAGAGAAUCGGCCGCAGAGACGCUGCAGGGUGCUGGGCGGGGAAGGGACGAGAGGCCCCAGGCCCGAGGGCAUGGAGCGGUUAGGAGAGAAAGCCAGUCGCCUGCUGGAGAAGUUCGGCCGCAGAAAGGGCGAAUCUAGCAGGUCUGGGUCCGACGGCACCCCCGGGCCGGGCAAGGGGCGCCUAAGUGGGUUGGGGGGACCUAGGAAGUCAGGGCCCCGAGGAGCUACUGGGGGACCUGGGGAUGAGUCGUUGGAGCCGGCCCGGGAGCAAGGUUCCCUGGACGCUGAGCGAAAUCAGCGCGGCUCCUUUGAGGCACCGCGCUACGAAGGUUCCUUUCCUGGGGGGCCGCCACCCACCCGGGCCUUGCCUCUACCUCAGUCAUUGUCCCCCGAUUUUCGGCUGGAGCCCGCGGCCCCGGCCUUAAGCCCCCGCUCCAGCUUUGCCAGUAGCUCGGCCAGCGACGCUAGCAAGCCGUCCAGCCCCCGGGGCAGCCUGCUGCUGGACGGGGCGGGGGCUGGCGGAGCUGGAGGGAGCCGGCCCUGCAGCAAUCGCACCAGCGGCAUCAGCAUGGGCUACGACCAGCGCCACGGGAGCCCCUUGCCCGCGGGGCCGUGCCUUUUUGGCCCACCCGUGGUUGGAGCACCAGCAGGCUAUUCUCCCGGAGGAGUCCCGUCCGCCUACCCGGAGCUCCACGCCGCUCUGGACCGAUUGUACGCUCAGCGGCCCACGGGGUUCGGCUGCCAGGAAAGCCGCCACUCGUAUCCCCCGGCUCUGGGCAGCCCUGGAGCUCUAGCCGGGGCUGGAGUGGGAGCAGCGGGGCCCUUGGAGAGACGAGGGGCGCAACCCGGACGACACUCUGUGACCGGCUACGGGGACUGCGCCGCAGGCGCCCGGUACCAGGACGAGCUUACAGCGUUGCUUCGCCUGACGGUGGGCACUGGUGGACGAGAAGCCGGCGGCGCCCGCGGGGAACCCUCGAGUAUUGAGCCGUCGGGUCUCGAGGAGCCGCCAGGUCCUUUCGUUCCGGAGGCCGCCCGGGCCCGGAUGCGGGAGCCGGAGACCAGGGAGGACUACUUCGGCACCUGUAUCAAGUGCAACAAAGGCAUCUAUGGGCAGAGCAAUGCCUGCCAGGCCCUGGACAGCCUCUACCACACCCAGUGCUUUGUCUGCUGCUCUUGUGGACGAACUUUGCGUUGCAAGGCUUUCUACAGUGUCAAUGGUUCUGUGUACUGUGAGGAAGAUUAUCUGUUUUCAGGGUUUCAGGAGGCAGCUGAGAAAUGCUGUGUCUGUGGUCACUUGAUUUUGGAGAAGAUCCUACAGGCAAUGGGGAAGUCCUAUCACCCAGGCUGUUUCCGAUGCAUUGUUUGCAACAAGUGCCUGGAUGGCAUCCCCUUCACAGUGGACUUCUCCAACCAAGUGUACUGUGUCACCGACUACCACAAAAAUUAUGCUCCUAAGUGUGCAGCCUGUGGCCAACCCAUCCUCCCCUCUGAGGGCUGUGAGGACAUCGUGAGGGUGAUAUCCAUGGACCGGGAUUAUCACUUUGAGUGCUACCACUGUGAGGACUGCCGGAUGCAGCUGAGUGAUGAGGAAGGCUGCUGCUGUUUCCCUCUGGAUGGGCACUUGCUCUGCCAUGGCUGCCACAUGCAGCGGCUCAAUGCCCGACAGCCCCCUGCCAACUAUAUCUGAGCUUCAGUCACUGCUGCUGCCGUCACCACCGCUGACAAACUGCUCUGGCCAGUGGGCCCCUCUGAGGCCAGCCAAGGCAAAUAAUGCACUCUACAGGCCUGGCAGAAGAGUCCUCUGGGGAGGACCCCAAGGCCAGAGACCCAAAGAUCAUGACAUUCCAAAUGGAUUGUGGAGGAGAAACUUUAUAUUUACCAGGGUGGGGGUGACUGGCCUUUUUUCCAUGUGUGCAGCCUGAACUUAGGUACACACAGGAGGGUUCCAGUACUUUCUCAACAUCUGAUUCUGUAUCUUCAGUAUAUAUAUAUAUAUAUAUAUAUAUAUAUAUUGUUUGUUUGUUUGUUUUAGAGAUGGGAUCUCACCAUGUUGCCAGGGCUAGUCUUGAAUUCCUGGGCUCAAGCGAUCCUCCCACCUUGGCCUUCCAAAGUGCUGGGAUUACAGGUGUCAGCCACUGUGUCUGGCCUAGUAUGUGAUUGUUUAUGAAUCAUGCAAUGUUCUGGUCCCAGAUUCCAAGAGUAGAGGACCUAGCUUUAAAUCAACUAGUUUCAAUGAAACUGACUAGAAACAAAUCAAACUGUAUUGCUCCCUUCAGCCCCCCAAACCCCAGAGUUUUGGGGUUGUGGUUGAUGCAGUGUGGGACCCCUCUGAGAGGUGGCAAUUCUAGGGUGGUGAGGUCCUGCUAGGCAACCAAAUUUAAGCUCCUCACUUUUUUGUGACACAUGGUGUCAGAUAGGGUGUCUUCCAGGUACUUACCACCAUAAGCACCUGUAUCUGGGUAAAGAGGUAGAAACUCUGAACCUCAUUAACGAGUUAUUUCUUGGCCUUCUUCUAAGGACUAGGAGAGCUCCUCAUCUAUCUGCUGAGAAUGGGGACCAGCUCUGAGUGGGCUUGCUGCCUGUAUUCCUUGUUUCUCAGGGACUCACGUGGGUCUGGGGAGGCUAGGUGAGUGCUUGUACUUGGUUGCUCUUCUCCUUGGCUGGGGGAGGUAAUGGGUGUGUUCAUGCACACACACACACACACACACACUCACACUCUUACUCUCUUCUCAGGUCACUCUUAUACUUAGUUUCCUAGUAGUAGCUCACCUGCCACCUCUCAGAGUGGCCCCAGCUUGUGUCCAUCACAAUCCCAAAACUAGAGUUGGGGGGAACUGGAGGGAGCAAAACACUGGUUUGGUACUAGUCAGUUUGCCUGAAAUUAGUUCACCUAAAGCUAGAUCUCUUAAAACCAAUUUACUGAAAACUUGUUUGCUUAAAGUGAAUGACUUAAUGACUAAUUUACCAAAAGCUCAAUUCCUAUUUUGGUGUGUUUGUAUCCAUUUAGGUGUCCUACUAUUUUUUGUCAUGCUUUGGGUAUUUCAAGGAUUUAUAUCUACUCAUCCAAGAGUACUUCCAAGUUAUUAGCAGCAACAUAAAUUUAUCAAAUUUGCAGCACUUUGUGAAUGAUGAGAUUGCUUCUUACCUUUAUGGAUGUCUUUUUCUAUGUUAUCUACUUUUCAAAAACUUUUUUGAAAAGUUUAAAGUUUCUAGCAAUAAAUAUAAUUGGUGCAGACAUUUUGUGUAUCAUUUUUUUUUGUUUCUUAAUCCAAUAUUCCUUUACAAAUUAAAUGCCUUGAAAAAUGUAAUGGAGUUCAAUGUGAUUUCGAUGCUUUGGUCUAACUUCUACAUUCCUACUAUUAAAAUGCCAGUAUAUCUUAAAUAGGCAUGAGGCAUAUUCAGUUGACUUACAAUUAAAGGUUAUACAGACAACAGUAAUAAAAAGUAAAAGGGUGAAUCUGCUAAAUCCUUUUGAAAUGCUGCAGAUUUGAUAAAUAUUUAUUUUAGACUAAUUGGCUUUAGGUGAAUUGGUUUUAGGCAAAUUAAUCUAGCAAUCUUUGAUCUUUAGUCUUCGUUUUCUGUCACUCAGUGAAUUUCAUACUGGAAAUGAUGACUCCUGAGAACAGAAAUUCCACAUUUGGGGGCUAUUCUAAGAUGACUAUGCCAGCCGACCUGGGAAAUACAUAGAAGAGACCUGUAAGUGAGAGGGAAAGAGUUCAGAUUCAUACAAUGAGUGCCAGAGGGAGAAAUGCACCUUGUUGGAGAGAGAAAUGUUCUGAAACUGAAUUACUGCUUGUUCAGCUGAGAUUGCAUCUUCUGAAUUAUUAUUAUCAAAUAAGUGAAUACAAAGACCCUGUGAUGGGAAAUCCA